AUGCAAGCGCUAUGGCCUGUGGGAGCCGUCGCGGGGCUUGGCGCCGUGGACUGCGCGUACCUGACCUACUCCAAGGUGACGCAAGUGCCUUUGGCGUGCCCUGUGGAAGGAGGAUGCACUGAGGUGCACAGGGAGACGGGAAGCGAUGUGCUGAAUUCCAGCUUUGCCUCCAUUGGCCCUCUGCCAUUGUCCGCCUUGGGCUUAGUGGCGUAUUUAGCCGUGGCGGCCUUGAGCGUCUCGCCCCAGAACAAGGAUCUUCUGUUCUGGCUCUGCUUGACAAUGGCCCUCUCAUCCCUGGGCCUCACUGGCAUUCUCAUCUUUGUCCUACAAGCACCUUGCCCGUAUUGCGCGGCCUCCGCCUUCAUCUCCGCCAUGCUCCUCACCUUGGUGGAGACCCAGAGGGCCCGGGACGCUGCACGGGAGAUGCGUGGAGCCGCAGGUGGGGCCACCGUCGUUCCGACCAACGACUGGGCCAGUAUGUUGGGAUUCGUUGCCGUGGAGCCGACCCCGAACUCCUCGAACUCCUCGAACUCCUCGAGCUCGGCCGUGGCCGAGGCCUCGGUGGUCUCCGUGGAGGCCGAGCCCCGGCGCGCGGUGCUCGGCCUUUCCGGGCUGCUCGCACUGGGCGCCCUGCGCGGGGGCACCAUGCCCUCUCGGCGGCUGCAGAGCGCCUGGGCCUACUUCACGCUUGUGGAGCGGUACAAGCCGAACCACCCGCCGGUCCUUAGCGAUUCCUCCAAGGCCGAGAUGGCCUUGGCGAGACAUCUCCAGAAGAUCGGAGCAGCCUGCUACUCGACCUGGUGGUGUCCCCAUUGCCAAGAGCAGCGUGAGAGCUUUGGCAAACAAGCAGUGGAGGUGGCGCCGUUCGUCGAGUGCUCUUCCAAGAGCAGGCAGCAGCUUCCGGUUUGCCGUGACGCAGACAUUGAGAGCUACCCCACCUGGAUCAUCAAUGGCAAGAAGUACCUGGGAGGCCGGGACCUAUCGGACAUCGCCGAGAAGAGUGGCUUCACGGAGUACCCGCCCGAGGCCUUCAAGCCGCGUGAUGACCAGCUCCUGGAGUACAUCUGGGGCCCCCCGGAGCCCGAAGAGCCCUACGAUCCCUUGGCUAGCUCCGACAACGUCUGA